GGUUAGAAUAAAAGUAAAAUUGCGGAGAUCAUGUAUAUGCCGGGUCUUUACCACAAAUGUUUUCAAGUUUGGGGUUUCUCGAAUCAGAACCAAUCGAAAUUCUUCCUGACAAAACAAUAAUAAUAUGAUCUUCAAUUUUACCUCUCUCUAUCUCUUGUUUCAUUGCACACCAUUUUCUUCCAUUUCUCUCUCUCCGAAAACCCUAAUUUCAACUCGCCGUCUAUCUCGCUCUUUCUCUCUCUUACACCAACAAGAUCAGUACGCGAAAUCUGAGACGGGUUUUAAAAAUUUGUGACGAAUUCAGCUUUGAUGAUCGGUGUAGAUUGGAAUUUCAUACCAAAGAUUGAAUUCUUGUCAACUUUUAUUGUUGUUUUAUAGUGUGAUUGUUAAUCGAGGCAAAGUCGAUUGUUGUACACAUGUAGAGAACGAUGGAAGCUAACUUGUGUGACAUUAAUCACUUGAACUCCGAUGUCCUUUUGCCUCCUCGAAAGCGGCUUCUUGCCGGAUUGAAGAAACAGAAUUUCGAUGGCAAUUCUCAUCAGCCAUCGACUUCCACUACUUCUAGUGAAUUUGAUACCCGUCUAAACAAUUUAUUGAGAUCUCAUUUGAAUAAUCCCAAUCUUUCACCUGAGGAGAUUGUGGAGGCUUCAAGAUCAGCAGCUGCAGCUGCUGUUAAAGUCGCGGAGGCUGCAAGAGCUGCGGCUGAAGAGAAAGCUGCAAUGGCAGCAAAGGCAGUUGCUGCAGCCAAGAGUGCUUUAGAAUUGGUUGCUGCUGUUUCUGAGGAAUCAUCAGCCAGCAGAGAAAGAUACUCGAAGAAGAACAAGAUGAAGAAGCAUAUUCCUGUUCAGACGCUGUACAAUAAGCAUAAACCUAUUCAGAAUUGCAGGACUGAUGAGGAGUUAGCCCGUAAGUUGCAUCAAGCCAUUAACAGCUCCCCUAGAAUUUCGAAGCACUCAUCAACUUCUGAAUUGAAGGGUAACAAACAUAAGAGACUGAAAGGGUUGUCUACUCCCGAAAAGUCUAGGGUUUCAAAUGGAGGUAUAGCACAGGAAAGAAACACUCCUUCCAUGAGCAAUGGGAAUGGUGUAACAAGAAAGGUGAAUUCAGAAGGUUCCAGCCAUGAAGCAUAUGCAGUUAGAGUAGAUGAAAAUGUAUCAAAACUCAAUAAAUUAGAUCGGUUAAAGAUGGAUAAUGGGGAAGCAGAGACAAGCCGCUUAAAGGAAAAAAAUUUGGAAUCAUCAGAUGAAGCGUGUAGCAUUGGUAGAAAGAGGGGAAGAAUGAAGCAGAAAAAGUUGCCGUUAAGCAUUUGUACCUUUAGGGAUCGAUCAAACCCAAAGGAAGAGCUGAAAUCUAAGAGCUCUCCAUUGACUGCGGAGAACACAAGGAAAACCACUUCAAACAGUAUCACCCUGGUUCCUGUAGAGCCUUCAGUUGGGACAACAUCAAUGUGGAAGUGCAAAGCAUUCAAGGCACCUGUGUGUGUUAAACAAAACAAAGUCGUGCAGUCAUGAUGUUCAUAUCCUGCUGCCCUAAUAAACAGCUCUUAUGAUAGAAAUUGUUGGCUUAAGGUAGGAUUCAUUUAUGCUUUUUCUUAUACAUAUGGCCUUUUUGUUGUUUUAUCUUUUUUGGCUUGUCCGUGGCACUGUAAUGAUUUUGAACUCGCUUAAAUGUAUAUUUACUGUUUCAUUGCUCUCACCUUUGCAUCACAUCUAAGUAUGUUGCCUGUCUCUUUAUUUGGCAACAAACCAAGCAAAUA